AUUAUAUAUCGCAAACUGGAGCUGCACCAGCACCCCUCAAAUACCCAGGCACGGCAUAGGGGGCUUUCACUUGGUCCGUGUGUCCUUCAUCCCGGCCGGCCGGUACGUGCGUGCAAGUGGCCGUCCGCACCCCCGCGUUCUCUUCUCUACUACAUUAUCUUCGGCGAGUUCCACCAUUUUGACUUCACGGCAUCCGUCCAAGCGCGUCGGUGGCGAGCAGAGCUUAGCUUGAUCGAAGAUGAGCAGGAACAACGGCAAGGGGCCGAAGCUGGACCUGCGGCUGAGCUUCUCGCGGUCACGCGGCGGAGGCGGGGGCGGAGGGGGUCCAUCGGCCGCGCCGCCGGGAGGCAGCAACUCGCCCAGGAGGAUGUCGUCGUCCUCAUCGUCUUCGGCGUCGCCGGCGAGCUCAUGCGUGUCGUCGGAGGGGAGCCCUGAGCCCGAGGCAGGCGGCGGCGGCGCGUCAAUGAUCCUGGCGGGGUGCCCCCGGUGCAUGAUGUACGUGAUGCUGUCGCGGGAGGACCCCAAGUGCCCCAAGUGCCACAGCACCGUGCUCCUGGACUUCAACGACGCCGGUGCCGACCAGCGCCACGCGGGGUUCGGCUCCGGCAAGGGCAAGCGCGGCUGAGCUGACCUGCGCGCCUCACGCCCCGACUGGCCUUCUUCUUCUACUAGUAGCUUCUAGCUAAAAUUGUUUCCUGCGUUUUGCUCAAUUGUGCGUGUGCGCGUGCUCGUGUUGUUCGUGCCGUUUGUGUGUCCGAGUUCGAUCAAGAAGGAAUUAUUCCGUAGACCCGUCCUUCCAUGGACUAGCUAGUCGGCGUAGGGACAUUGGGGUGCCCAUGGAACGGGUCUAGGUAAUAAUUUCAUUUCAUGUGUGAGGUGUACUGGUGUGUGAGGAGUAGUGUGUGAGUGUGACUGUGUGUGUUUGUACGGGGCAGUACUGCCAAGGAUUAAGAUUUUGUCUUGAAGGUUUUAUAGAAGGUAGUAAUUCUCUUGUCC